UGUUUCCAAACAUUACUAAAGUGUACUUCAGUUUUAAUAAUAUAGAUAUAUAUUUUUAACUAUCAUAGAUUUUCUAAAUAUUCUUAAGAUGUUAAUCCUUAUACACGAGGAUAUAUUACAAAUAUAUACAACAAGUAUUAUUUUUCUAAUCAGAAAUUUUUAUUUAAAUUAUAUUAAUAUUUCUAUUCAACGAAAAAUGAUUUCUCAAAGAACACAAUUAACUCAGAAAAGAAAACCAUAUUUACUAAAGCAUGACAUAUAUCAAAUCUAUUUAUUUUGUAUCAUACUAAUAUUUUUGUAUAAAAAUAGAUUGUAUCUCUUUCUGACUAUUUUUUUUUUAAUGAGUGAGAUACCCACUUAAAAAGUACUGUUGGAGAAGCUAGAUUGUAAAAGUAUAUACCGGUAAAACUUAAGAGCUUCUCCAAAAGUGGGAUAUUGAGAAUAUCUAAUAAUUUUAGAAAAAGAAAAAAAUACAAAAUUAGGAGAGAAAGUAGUCAUAGGUUCUUAAAUUGCAUGUUGGAAGAUACUUAUAACAACCCUUUUUUCCAGCAACAUCUAAUUAGUUUAGUUGUUUAAUUUUAAUUAAAAUUUAAUUGUUUAAUUAUAAUAUAUUAAAAUAAUGAUAUUUUGUUGUUAAAAACUUUUUUUUAAGAACCCAAACGUUAAUGUUGCUCUAACCAACCAUUCGAAAGAAAAACUAGCCGAGCAUAAACAAAUAAAAUCAAUAGAGAAAAAGGGAACACCAUACAAAAGACACCAGACGCAUGUAAAUAUAUGUUGACUUUAACAUAAAACAGUCAUUCUAAUGCUUACGGAACCACCGUUCAAAAGACAAUGAAUCGAGGAAUAACUUGCUAACCUCUCGUUCAAAAAAAAAAAGACAAAAAUAAACAAACAUAAACUUAUAAAUUCCUGAAUAUACUAACUUAUUCUCCAUAAGCAAUCAUCAACCAAUUAAACUUGAGACAAUAAAAAGAGUCAAGAAAAUGAGAGCGUCAAGAAGCCUAUUAUGGAAACUAUCUAUCAUUGUUUUGUUAGCAGUCUUUUCUCAACCAUCUUUCUCAGGUGAUACUGGUUCAUCGGAUGAAACGGCCGAGACGGGGAACGGACAUGAAGCCGCCGAGAUGCAACCACAGAGAGCAGGAAACCGUAAGGGUAGAGGUGGUCGUGGCGGCAUCGCCCAAGUUGCAGAGAUGAAUUGGCCCGGCAAAUGGGAGUUAUUCUUGAAGAGCUCCGGCGUAUCGGCCAUGCACGCUAUUCUUCUGCCAUUGAUCAACAAAGUACAGUUUUACGACGCAACAAUUUGGAGAAUUUCACAGAUCAAGCUCCCUCCAGGCGUACCUUGCCACGUUUUUGACCACGUACAUAACAAAGUUGAUUGUUGGGCUCACUCUGUCCUAAUUGAUAUCGAAUCCGGACACAUCAGGCCUCUAUCGCUUACAACGGACACAUGGUGUUCGUCAGGAGGACUAACCAUAAACGGGACACUGGUAAGCACUGGAGGAUUCCAAGGAGGAGCAAACACAGCCAGAUACCUUGCUUCAUGCGAUAACUGCAACUGGGUGGAGUAUCCAAAGGCAUUAGCUGCACAGCGCUGGUACUCAACACAAGCCACUCUCCCUGAUGGCACUUUUAUCGUUGUUGGAGGCCGACAAGCUCUCAACUACGAGUACAUCCUCCCGGAAGGAAUGGACAACAAGAAACUCUACGACUCGCAUCUUCUUAAAGAAACAACUGACCGAGAAGAAAACAAUCUAUACCCAUUCGUUUGGCUCAACACUGAUGGUAACCUCUUCAUGUUCGCCAACAACCGUUCCAUCCUUCUUAGCCCGAAAACAAAUAAAGUCAUCAAAGAGUUCCCUCAGCUCCCUGGCGGUGCCCGUAACUACCCUGGCUCCGCCUCCUCCGCUCUUCUACCCAUCCGCCUCUACGUCAACAACCCUCCUGUCAUCCCUGCUGACGUCCUUAUCUGUGGCGGCGCCAGACAGGAUGGAUACUUCCGUGCUGACAGGUUGAAGCUUUUCGAUCCGGCCUUGAAUGAUUGUGCAAGGAUAAGCCUCAACAGUAGAAGGCCUGCAUGGAAAACAGAGAAGAUGCCAGCGCCGCGGGUCAUGAGCGACACUGUGGUCCUCCCCAAUGGGGAAGUUCUCAUCAUUAACGGCGCGAAACAUGGAACAUCUGGAUGGGGCUUAGCCAAAGACCCGAACUUCACACCACUCUUGUACACUCCAAACAAACCAAUAGGCAAACGUUUUAAAGAACUCGCCGCUUCCACUAUCCCCCGCAUGUAUCAUUCCAUCGCUAUCGCUCUUCCUGAUGGUAAAGUUCUUAUCGGUGGUAGCAACACCAACGAUGGUUACAGGUACGACGUUGAGUACCCGACCGAGCUCCGCAUCGAGAAGUUCUCACCGCCUUAUCUCGACCCGGCUCUUGCCAAUAUGAGACCAAAGAUUGUGCACACCGAUACACCGAAACAGAUCAAGUUUGGACAAACGUUUAACGUGAAGAUCGAGCUUAAACAAGCGAAUGUGGCAAAGGAGAAUGUCAUGGUUACAAUGUUGGCACCACCGUUUACUACACAUGCUGUAUCGAUGAACAUGAGGUUGCUCUUGUUGGGUAUUUCUGAUGUCAAGAAGGAGCAUGGUGACGUUCAUCAGAUUCAGGCUGUUGCUCCUCCCAGUGGAAAUGUUGCUCCUCCUGGUUAUUAUCUUCUCUAUGCUGUCUACAAUGGUGUCCCAAGCGUUGGAGAAUGGAUUCAGAUCGUGUGAGUCUAAUUACCAAGUACAAAUAAUGAUGAACAUAUUUUUGAAUUUAGCCAUUUGUCGCACCCAUACCAUUUUUGUAAAAUAAAACAUUUUUUCUACUAACAUAAAUAUUUUAUUUUGAUUCUUAUAGUUACUGUAUAUUUGUUUAAAUUUAUUUUGUAUAUGAGAUAAGAGAUUUAAGAAUAAAUUAUCAUGAUUCAUGACAAUGGGAUGGAAAGCUCAUCUCUAAUGGUCUUUCGUUUUGAAAAAAAAAACAUAAAAAUGAAGAAAAAAAAUCAUUUUUAAUGGUGUAUCAUUUUAAAUAAAAAAUAAAGAUACGAAUAAUAUCCUUUCAAGUUGAGAAAAACUGUUCACAAUCUCAUUUUUUUAUUAAAAUUUCUAUUUACAAAAUUGAUCUUUCAAAAUUUUAUAUAGUUUUGUUUGCAUCUAAGAAUAAUAAAUAUUUGGGUAAAUAUUGGUGGAUUUUUAUUGUUAGGAUGAGACUAUGUGAGGUAUGUGAUUGUUGCAGGUCAAGAUCGGUGAAGAAGAAGAGUCUGAACGAUAGGAGUGCUGGUUGGGCAUGUUAGGGCACUUUGUGAACGGGUGAUGGCCUUGGGGGGACAGCAGUGGCCCAAUAUUGUCUGUACAGGCGGUUGGCUUAGGGGGCACAGCAGUGGGAAGUAGAUAGUCUAUUGAGUUAUAAUUGUGAUUAUGCAUGUUUGGUGAUAACUUGUAGUGAAUUUAAUGUUGUACAUGAAUCUUGUUGUUUGCGGCUAAUUAGUCCAUGUUCUGCAUUGAGUAGUAUAAUUGUUCAUGCGGAGAGGCUGGUCUAGAAGCUAUCUCUCUAAGCAUUCCACUUGCUCACUCCUCUGCUUCCAUUUUCUUGCAUGCAAGGCUGUAAGUAGGAUUGAUGGAUAUGGUUGGAUUUGUGGACUUAAACAAUAGGGAACACAUCUGGGUAUUCUGGGACAGAUGGCGGAACAUAAUGGCUUGCCUAAUGGUAUAGACGCGUGUCUCCGUCUUGUAGGGUGAACGGGUUUACACUUUGGUUCUAGGUUAAGAUCUCUCAGAACUAACCUGAGGGAUCAAUUUCAGCCUUUUACAAAUCAUUAUUUUAGUUUGUGAAAACUUUGCGAAAUAUUUUGAUACAUCAACCAUAUGUCAUGUGUAUGCUUAUACUUAUGUUUCUGAUAGGAUCCUUUUACUUACAGGAUGUCUUCGCCAGCCGGAGUCUACUAUGGAGAUGAUCUUAUGCUUCAUGGACGGAACUCGUGCAUAUGCUAGUAAGUCCAUUUAUGACAAAAAUGGUAAUGUGAUACAUUUCACAUACCCGCCAAAGUCAACGGUGAAACGGAGAUUGUUGAUGUCCCAUUUCCAGAUGAUGGCACAAUAGUGGCGUCUAGAACAAGGCCGUUAGUUGUUUCUGCAAUCACCCGACCCCAAAGUGACGCCAGUCAAAAGAAGACGUGGUCUCCCAAGGAAGGCGCAGUGCUCCCGGGGUGGGUGCAGCUGUCGUCCACGGAGGAGCUGCUUAAGAGGAAGCUGGGUCAUCUGUGGAAGAUCCUGAUUGAUGAUAUGGGCAGCUCAAGAAAAAGUUCCUGACGUGCUAGUAUGGAACCGUAGUUCAGAUGCUGCAGAGAUUCCGUUCAGUAAAAGAUUGACUGAUGAAUUUCUGGAUAAGGCUAAGAGGUGCAAGACAAAACCUAUGAAGGAAUGCUGCCAGUUGUACAAGGCGAGAUUCCAUAAGGACAUUUCAGUUGCUUUUAAUAGCAUUUUGAAACCCUUGAUUUUUUUUUGGUGAAGCAGAUCGUUGCCUCGUUGGUCAAGCCAUGGAAUCAGUGGAGUUAAUCACUGAUAGAGCCAUUAAUAUCUCGAGUUCCAAUCCCUAGGAGGUUCCGUCUAAAGAUUUGCAGGGGGAAGAUGAGCUGGAAUCGCCAGUUAGAGUUGCCCGUGCUUCCAAUCAUAGAUCCGAUUAAGAACGCACUUCACCAUCUCAUAGUGGCUAGGUGAAAAUCUGGGUUCAUUUCGUAGGAGUAGGAUAUGUGUUUUUCUUAUUUUCAUUGUUGGCUUUUAGGUGUUCAUUUCUUAUUCUAAAGCUUUAUGCUGAUUGAGCUGAUGCCUUGAGCUUUUAGACCAUGCGCAUCAGGGGCUUUAGACGGGUUCACGGGUCCGAGUUCUAAGGCCGGAGUGAUUAAAAAACAAUAAAAAUGGGUUUGUAUCGAUGAAACAGGCCUUACGGUUGAUCCGCUAUGAAGCGGAUUUAGCCAUGCGUCAUUUCCUGGUUGGACGAAACAAACCGCGUAGAGGGGGAGGAAAGACGGGUUUCCCCGUGUCUCUUCUCAUUUUCUCUUCUCGAAACAAAAGCUAGGGUUUGUUGUGUGAGAGGCGAUAAUACAAGCGACGAGGAGUCUUGCCGAUUUUCUCGUUCAAAUCGACGACGGAGAGUCUUCUCCACGACCUCUGGUGAGUAUCGAGUAGAUCGACGGUUUAAUUUCGUUGAAUUUGGUCGAAAUCGUUUAGUGAGAUUUGAUAUCAAUUUGGGAUUUUCGAGUUUCGGAUGUAAAUCAAUAACUGGGUUUCGAUUAAUUGAUGUAAAUCGACAUGCGCGUUUAAUUUAGGGUUUGUUUGUGUGAGAUUUCAAAUCGAUUGAGGGGUUUGGAGUUAGGGUUCUCAAUUGAUUCGUUGAUUCGUUUUAUAGUUUUAAUUCCUCAAGAGGGCUCGAUAUAGGGGUCGGUUUAGUAUAUUGUUUCGAUUAUAAUGUUCUAAUAUAUUCGGUUUCUUUCACAGAUGGAUCCCGCGGAUGAGAGAAGCCAUUCAAAGAGACAAAAGGAGUAUUUUGACAUGCUACAAUAUACUUGUGAUUCAGAAUAUGGGAUUCCUAGAAGGUGUUCCUGUGGUGGGAGAAUCAUCGACGAGGUUCGAGCCAAGGAGGAGUACGACACUCUUCCUGGGAAGAGGUUCUUCACGUGCGUCAACUACGAGGUAAUGUGUGUUUGAAUGUCCUGAUUUUGUUUUUACAUUGAAUAUAUUUCUUGAAAAACCACCUCUGAUAUUUGUUUUGUUCCAAACAAGGCUGAUGGGUUUCACUACCGUCAGCCUUGCGUGUUUGGUGUCCAGGAGCAGAUGGAACGCUUACUCAAGCGUCUUGAGGAGGCAGAGGAGGUGAUGAAGUGGGUGCCGAGUCUCAAAAACAAUAUUCAGACUCUGGAGGUGAGUAAAUGAGUUUGUAUAUCGUCUCCUAUUUUGCUGCAAUUUUUGUAAUGACUUAUUACCUGACUAUCACAAUUUAAUUAUUGUUUCUAUGUGCAGGCCGGGGCAAAAGGGCUGAGUGACCAGGUUGAUCGACUAACUGGGGAGGUUUACAACCUGACGGUGCAAGUUUCUGUGCUGGAGAAGCUCUGCUUCGACUAACAAGCAAAGGUAAACACUCAAUCUUAACUGAACUAGAACAGAACUGCAAGUAGAUGUUGGUUACUUCGUAGGUAGAAGUGAAUUAGGAUUGUAUUAGGUUGAGUAGAGCAUUAAAUGUUUUAAAAUGUUUCUGUUAAAAACUUUUAUAAUUUUUAAUAACUUUUCAAACUCUUAACUAGGUAGAGUACAACUCGUACUUGAUGUUUAAAAACUUAUCAAAAAUUUUUAAAGUGAUUUGAUGGGUAAUGAAUGGUAACUGUGAAUAAGUUGUUGUGUAAUUAAGUUAAGUAGUUGUGUAAUUUACUGCAGUAGUUGUUGUGUAAUAAAGCAAUGCGAAACUAGUUUAAAACAUAGGCAUUUCACUUCUAAAAACACAAACAAUCAAACCUUAAAAAUCACACAAACCUCUUAACAACAAACCUAAAUCACACAAUGGACCCUUUUUCCCUAAACUCUCACGGGUUUGUUAACUUGUUAGCUUCGCAGAGCAGUCCUACAAUAGACGUAGACUCUGCUGAGGCACCUGUUAGCUCUCCCGGGUUAGUUAAACCAGCGGAAAGGAGAAAGUAGACCACAAAAGAAGAUCUUGUGUUGAUUAGUGCUUGGUUGAACACCAGCAAAGAUCCGAUAAUUAGUAAUGAGCAGAAGUUAGGCGCUUUUUGGAAGAGAAUUGAGGCGUACUUCAAUGCUAGUCCUCAGCUCAUUGGCUCCCUUCCUAGAGAGUGGGGUCAAUGUAAGCAGAGGUGGGGAAGGGUGAAUGCGGAGGUUUGUAGGUUUGUGGGUUCCCAUGAGGCCGCUCUGAAGCAGCAAGCUAGUGGGCAAAGUGAAAAUGAUGUCAUGAAGGCGGCUCAUGACAUCUAUUUCAAUGAUUAUAAUGUCAAGUUUGCGCUUGAACAUUGCUGGAGGGAACUUCGGUUUGAUCAGAAGUGGAAGUCACACUCUCAGCCGAAGGAGAAAAAGAAGGAAUCUGGUGCGGAGCCGGUGGCUGAGGAGGCAGAGGUUAGGCCUCCAGGCAUUAAGGCUUGCAAAGCGGGGAAACGCAAGAAGCCAGACGACGUAGCUUAUGAUCAAAUACAUAGCAUCCUAGCUAAUAAAAACACCAUUUCCAGACAAAAGAUCCUUGAUCGUCUGCUAGUAAAGGACACACUUUCCCCUAGUGAAGAAGCUCUCAAGGAGAAACUCAUCUCUGAAAUGCUUUGACGUCUCAUGUGUAGGAACUUGUUUGAAUAUGAUUGAUUUUGAAUGUGUUGUUUGAAUGUGUUGAUUGAAUGUGUUGUCUAAUUGUUUUGAUUACAUUUUGAAUGUGUUCAUUGAACUUGUGUUUUCUUUUGCAGGUGGGAAAGCGUCUUGAAGUCACGGGUGUUGUAGGUGAAGGAAUCUCUUGUCUUUUCUCUGUUUGAAGCCACGGGUAUGAUGUCAGUUUUAAAUCACGGGUAGAAAGUGUAGCCUUUUGUUUCAUGCUACAUCUUUCAUGUACUAUGUCUAGACUAUAUGUCAUUUCGAUUCACGGAUCAUGUUUGUUGUAAUGUUGCUGUUGAUUCACGGAUGGUUGUGUAGCCUUAAUCUAUGUGUAAACUUAAAAUCUCUCCCUUUAUAUAAAUGUAUUGUCUUUCGUUAUUGUACAGAACAAGGCAAACUUGAACUCUCUCCCUUGACAAACUUCUCUUCUAUUCUAUUCUUUCUCUUCUUUCUCUUCUUUAUGUCUCUCCAUACUCUCUUCUAUAACAACACACUUCCACAAACUUCUAUCUGAUCGUGGUGCUCUCCACAACUCAACAAGCUUCAAACCACAACAACUACUCAACUUGAACAACCUUCACAACCUCAACUAGCUUCACAACUCAACUUGCUUCAAACCACAACAACCUUCAAACACUCAACAACAAACUCAAGGUAAGUGAACAUAAUUUAUGAAAUAUUAAUGAAAAAUAAAUAAGAUUAGGAAAAAUAUGAUAGAAUUAAUAUAAUUGAAUAAUGAAAUAAAAAAAGAUUAGGAAAAAUAUGAUAGAAUUAAUAUAAUUGAAUAAUGAAAAAAAAGAUUAGGAAAAAUAUGAUAGAAUUAAUAUAAUUGAAUAAUGAAAAAAAAAGAUUAGGAAAAAUAUGAUUGAAUAAUGAAAAAAAAAAGUGAUGAAGUUGAUUAAUAUUAUUGAAUAAUGGGAAA